CUAGUCAAGUCCAUAGUCUCUCUAAUUUUUUUUUCUUUUCUUAUGGCACGGCACAAAAUGCAUCCGCAAAGUUUGGGAAAUAGCAUUUUAGGGAAGGAGUUUUGGACCUCUAAGUAAUGUUCUUAGUCUAUAGUCUCUAAUCUGUGGUCAAGUCUUUAGUUAUAUACUCUUUGCUUAUAAAUUUAGUGUCUGUAAUCUGUGCUAAUAAUAGUAUUUUUUGUGGUCAAUCAAAUUAAACCAAAACAAUCUUUAAUUAAUAUUGAUUAUUUUUUAUUCUAUCUGAAUUUUAAAUUCAUUAUACAAAUAAACAUAAAAAUGCCAAGAAAAGUUGCACCGAAAGCUAAAACUGUAAAGUGGUUAAGUGAAGAAAUACCGGAUCCACAAAGUUUAUCAAACUCUUUUUAUUACUAUGAAAAGUUUCAGUUUCAAAAUAUAACCGCUGAAAUUGGAAACUUUGUUUUGGUAUCUAAUGCCGAUGCUGCGGAACCAGACACGGAAGAUGGUUGUGAUGUUGCUCAAAUAUUAUCAUUGUAUGAAGAUAGAUCGAAUAAUAAUGAUCCUUUUAGAGCAAAAGUCAAAUGGUACUCAAAACCAAGCGAUCUACCUUCGUCAUGUUUCAAUGAUAUAGAACCUAUAUGCUUUCGUGAUAAAGAGGUAAUAGAAGAUCAUCGUCCAUUUGAUACUGAUGUGUCUAUUGAAACAUUCUUUAAAAAAUGUACAAUAUUAUUUAAAUUUACAAAGGAUUUAGAUGAUAAUUUAAGUCUGCCUCCAUAUACUUACAUUUGCCGUUAUAGAAUUAUGGCUAUAAGUAAAAGAAAAGUGUAUAUUGAACCAGUGAUGGAGGAUGAGAGAAAAGCACUACAGCUUCUCUAUACACCCAAGAAAACAGACACUCCAAAAGGUAGAACCUCUCGAACCCCAAUCAGCUUGAUCAAGAAAAUGAGCAGAGUGUCUCUUUCUGAACAGAAAAACUGGAGUGUCUCAGCAGCAGAUGGUACUAAGAUACUUCUUAAGAGAGCCAUUUUAACUGAUAAAUCUGAACAAAUAUCACCUUUAAAAAAGGCAACACCAAAGACAACUGUUACAGAAACUCCAAAGAGCUCAAAAAGAUUAAAUAAUAAUAACAUAGAGGAGGUGUUGUCUAUGGAAUUACAAGAAAACUCAGAUGAUGAAUUGCCAACAUUGAUCAUAAGACAAAAUGUACCAAGCACUCCUAAGAGAAAACAGUUAAUAUCUAAAACUAUUGAUGUCACUCCAAAAAAAAUAUUGGUAUUUAAAGAUGAGGAAAAAGAGACUUAUUCUACUCGAUCAGGCAGAGUAAUAAAAAAUCCUAUAAAUUAUAUGGAACAUGAUGUUUCUCCUAUUAAACGUACACCAAGGAAGUCAGUUAGUACAAUAAACGAGGAUGACAAUGACUUUAAACCUAUGCAGAGAAUUCUAAAAACACCAAGAACACCAAAAGCGCCAAAAACACCAAGAACUUCAAAAGCUACACCUAUGCAAACUCCAAAAAGGAGUGUCAGAAAAACAAUGAAUCUUACACCUUCUCUACAUUCUAGAACACAUUCAGUGGAUAACAUUAAUGAAUUUGUCAAAGACAACACUUAUCUCCCUGGAAGAGAAAGCCAAAUGGAUGAAAUACUAUCAUUUGUGCGAAAUAAACUUUUGGACGGUACUAGUGGGAGUAUGUACAUAUCAGGAGUACCAGGAACUGGAAAAACUGCAACAGUCUGUUCAGCUUUAAAGAUCCUCAAGGAUGAAGUCGACCUUCCAGACUUCCAGCUUGUAGAAGUCAAUGGAAUGAGGAUAACUGAACCAAGGCAAGCUUAUGUGCAGAUCUAUAAACAACUAACUGGUAAAUCUGUUUUAUGGGAGCAGGCUUGUUCACUACUAGAAAAAAGAUUCACAAACCCUGGCCCCAGGAGAACACCUACAGUACUACUUGUUGAUGAGUUAGACGCCCUCUGCACCCGGCGACAAGACGUCCUAUACAGCAUUAUGGAAUGGGCGGCCCACAACUCGGCCUUGCUGACUGUUCUCGCAGUCGCCAACACCAUGGACCUGCCAGAGCGAGCACUCGCUGCCCGCGUAGCCUCGCGCCUUGGCCUCACCCGCCUCACGUUCCCUCCAUACACACACACUCAGCUGCAGAGAAUAGUGGCCACCAGGCUGGCUGGUGCCAAUGUCACUCCUGAUGCUAUCCAGUUGAUCGCAAGAAAAGUAGCGGCGGUGUCAGGGGAUGCUCGUCGUGCUCUCGCAUUAUGCUCGCGGGCUAUAGAGUUGGCGGGGCCCGAGGGCGCCGGCCUGAAGGAAGUGCAGCAGGCAUUAGGCGAAGCUGCAUCCAGCGCCACGGUUAGGGCUAUUCGAAACUGUUCACCAGCUGAGAGACUUAUGUUGAGAGCUGUGGCAGCUGAGGUUGAAAGAACUGGCUCCGACGAGACCACACUCUCCCGGGCUCUGAACACCGCCGCAGCCAUCGUAGCACUAGAUGGACGACCGUACAAAUCAGCUGCGAAUAUUCGCGCACCAACCCCUUCUCAGGCGCAAGCAAUAUGUUCCCGGCUGGCUGCUAUCCGCUUGUUAUUAUUAGAACCGAAACCAUCUGAACCUAGAUUACUUUUAAAUGUUAGCGCUGAUGACGUUCAUUACGCUACUCGCCAGAUCACUGUUUGAAAGUUAUAUUAUUAUAAACUAUUAUUUUGAAAGAUGUGCCUUGGAUAAAACAAGUUUUUGAAAUAUUUCUCCAAGCCAUAAAACUAAGCCAAACAUGAAUUUAAAUUUAAUCCUGUUGUUUAGCCAAUUAUACACCAGUGCGACCUUUGGAACAAAUUUCUGUCGUCCAAAGAUACAGGUCCUGGUAGCCCAGAAGGAUGUCUAAGGAGAAAAUGGUUUGCAGUAAAUGCGGGUUCAUCGUCUCUACCUCGGCCAGGGGAGUGAUUAGAAAUUAUUCUUUGAAUGAUUUGUCUUUAACCAUUGCUGACAACGCUUUUUUGGCCGACCGGACCUCGUACGUGGUGGUGGUAGUUAAAGGAAAAUAAAAUACCAAAUGAGAAUAUACAAUAUAUUGUUCAGAUUUGACUGAAAUAAUGUAGAUAAUAAUAAUAGACUGAAAAUACCUUGACAUCUUUUUUUAAUAAUAGAAAUAUAUCCAAUAAUUGAAUUGAGAUUGGCAUUGUCCUAUUUGUAUGAACUGCCUGAGAGGAUCUUAUACAAUAAGACGACAUUUUAUAUUGUAUUUUAUUUAUUAACAGUAUUUAAUAAUGACUGAUUAUGUAAUAAAAUAAAUUAUAAUGUUUAUUA